AUCUCACCUCGCACUACUCGUAUUAUACCGUAAUCCUUCCCUACUCGCUCACUGGCAACCCAAAUACUGUAUCCCCCUUCCAGCCAACCAGCCAGCGGACAAGCAAGCAAGAAAAUACAUCUCCACAGACCACCGGCUAAUGCUAAACAAUCCGACAAACUCCCCUUAAUCGAUUGAUGAGAUAAAAAAAACCGCCGAUCCAACAUGGCGCAAUACUUCCUGGACCUGGUCUACUCCCUCACCACCUGCAUGUCCUGCUUCCCCUCGUCGCCGAACUUGACCAUAAACCACCGAUCCUUCAAGAUCCUGCGAUUACUCGGCGAGGGCGGGUUCAGCUAUGUCUAUCUGGUACAGGAUAACGCAGGGGAUUUAUACGCUCUCAAGAAGAUUCGCUGUACUUGCUACCCCCUCCACCUCUAGCAAACGUGACUGACAGGACGCCUAUCAAGGCCCCUUCGGCCAGGAAUCCGUCCAACGCGCCAUGAAAGAAGUUGAAGCAUACAAACUCUUCAACCACGAAAACGUGAUAAAAUCCAUCGACUACACAAUCACUAGCGACCGCUCGGCAAGCACGACCCUGGGCCGCAGCGACGAUGGCGACGACGGAUCGCAGAAGACGGUAUAUAUAUUGCUACCGUACUUCCGCCGAGGAAAUCUACAGGAUGCCAUCAACGCGAACCUGAUCAACCACACUAUAUUCCCAGAGGGCAAACUAAUGCGGCUAUUUCUGGGCGUGUGUCGGGGACUACAAGCCUUGCACGAGCACCGUUUGAAGCGGCCCGGCGAGGUUCGUGCCGGUGCUGGCACCGGCGCAGCAGCAGGAGGAGGAGGAUCGGAUGAGACCAUAGAACCCCUAAUGACCCCCGAUGUCCUUGCCGCCCACGAGGGCGGCCAAGAAGGUGACAUAAGAGCAUACGCCCACCGCGACAUAAAGCCCGGAAACGUAAUGAUCGACGACGACGGCCUCCGUCCGAUACUAAUGGAUUUCGGCUCCAUGACACCAGCGCCCACGCCGAUAACAUCCCGCACAUUAGCCCUCUCAGUGCAGGACAACGCUGCCGAGCACUCUACAAUGCCGUACCGUGCACCAGAACUCUUCGACGUUAAGACUGGCUCCGUCAUCGACGAGAAGGUCGAUAUCUGGUCCAUGGGCUGCACCCUCUACUGCGCGCUCUACGGGCACUCCCCAUUCGAAUUGGCUACCGAAGAGUCCGGCGGGAGCCUUGCUCUCGCGGUGUGCUCGGGGUCGUAUACCUUCCCCGAAGAAGGAAGGUUAGGCGGGAGGAAGCCGGGACAGAUACCUGUUAGUGAGGGGGUCAAGGAGAUUAUUAGGAUGUGCUUGAAGGUCGAGCCCGCGGACAGGCCGAAUAUUAGGGAGUUGAUUAGGGAGGUGGAGAAGGUUAUUGAGACGUCGGGGGAUGAUGAGGAGUGACCUUUUUCUUCUUCUUUUUUCCUUUCUUCUCAUUUUCCUUUUGUCAUUUUCCUCUUCGUUGAUGGAGAGGGUGGGAGAAGGGGGUACGGUAGCUUUUGUUAUAACAGAAAAAGAAAAACUUGCCUUUAUUCUAUUUUAAAGUUUGCCACGGUAUCAUACUCGACUUGAUCCAUUCUGUCAUGUCUGUUUUUGUUGUUUGCGGGUUGGGUAGGCUGGCUGACCGUUUUGGGGUCUAUCGAUUCAAUCAAUCUUUCACAAUAUGGGCGCAGAUUUAGGAAAAACGAUGAAAAUUGUAUGCCAUACAAUUUUUCUCUAUUUUUCCAAAAAUGCGCCCAUAUACUAAACGUGUCCAUAGAAAAUCACUCGAAAGGCCAACCUUCCUUCCUAAAGGAAAAUGGAAAAGGUG